UGGUCACACUACAAAUAUACGUAAGGGAUUGUUGAAUUCACAAAUAAUUGCAAUAGCAUAGCUUGGGAAAUUUGCAAAGCGACAAAUUGAUAAAGCGAUACACUAUGGCCGACGAAAGCAUCACGCGAAUGAACCUCGCGGCCAUCAAGAAGAUCGAUCCGUACGCCAAGGAGAUCGUGGACUCGUCCUCGCACGUCGCCUUCUACACGUUCAACGCGGAGCAGCAGUGGGAGAAGACGGACGUCGAGGGAGCGUUCUUCAUAUACCACCGCAACGCGGAGCCCUUCCACAGCAUCUUCAUCAACAACCGACUGAACACCACGUCGUUCGUGGAGCCGAUCACCGGCAGCCUGGAGCUGCAGUCGCAGCCGCCGUUCCUGCUCUACCGCAACGAGCGGUCGCGCAUCCGGGGCUUCUGGUUCUACAACAGCGAGGAAUGCGACCGCAUCAGCUGCCUGGUCAACGGCCUGCUGAAGUCCAAGGACCAGGGCACGGGCACGAACGGGCAGGCCCAGCGGAUGGCCGCCACGCCCCAGCAGCUCCAGCAGCAGCAGCAGCCCAAGCAGGACAAAGCCAGCAUAUUCAAUAUGCUGAGCAAGGCGCAGAAGGACUACAAUGCCCAGGUGAGCGGGCAGCCGAAGACGCCGUCGACGGCGGAGAACGUGACGGCCGGCAAUGUGCUCAAGUUCUUCGAGUCGGCCAAGCAGGCCACGGCGGAGUCGCUCUUCCAUCGCGUCCAGCCGCUGUCCGUGGACCAGCUGGAGAAGCAGCAGCGGGCGGGCACUCCUGGCGAGGAUCUGCUGCCGGGGACAGCUGGCCGGGACAGCCACGAGAGCCGGCUGUCGCCGUUCCAGAAGCUGAGCAGCCAACAGUUGAACACCCAGCUGCUGAGUGAGCUGAAGAUCGGGAAGAACUAUGCCCCGGCCGCAUCGUCGCCAACCAGUGCUCCGACCUCGUCGGCCCUGAUGGUCAACGACGAUGCCGGCAAGUGCUUGCGGAGAUUGCUGGCCGGCGACAAGCCCGGUCCGGCCCUCAUGCCGCCCACCAUGUUCGAUGCGCCCAACAAUGGCAACCCGGAGCCCCAGGAGGUCCAGCAGCCCCUCAACUCGACGCAGUUUGUCCAGGCCUUCACCUACUUGAUCCAGAACGACAAGGAGUUCGCCAACAAGCUGCACAAAGCCUAUCUGAACGGCUGUUCCAAUCUUCUGCUGGACUCCAGUCCCACAUACAAUCAAUAAACAGAAAUAACCAACAUUUCCGAAA